AUGAAGGGACAGUUCUCCAUCGAGUGGCUCUCUCAAAGCAGUCAGGCCUCGUCCACAAAUGUUUCCAGCUCUUGGAUGUCUUCUGGACAGGAGGGACCCAGCACGUCUGGCACUGCUUCUGAGAGCCUGCCCGGCUUCUACAGCAGACGGAGAGCAGAAAACAUGGAAAACCAGAUGCCUGCCGAGCAGCCGACAAACACUUCUUUGUGUACAUCUACUGAACAAACUGUGUCCAGCAACAUCAGCCAACAACACACUCACGCAUCGGAAGUGGAUUUCAGCAGCAGUACAGAGGAGGAGGAGACGUCGGGGUACGAGAGCGAGGGUGGACGUUCCCUCUCACCUGGAGCACUGAAAGAACCGUCCACUCAAAAUGUUUCUCCAUCUACCAGCCGCAGACCUCGAACGGCGUUCACAGCCGAGCAGAUCAACAGUCUGGAGAAAGCCUUCAAAAGAAACGCUUACCUCGGAGCUCAAGACAAAGCUGAACUCUGCAAAAGACUCAACCUGUCCGACAAACAGAUUAGAAACUGGUUUCAAAAUCGACGCAUGAAACUCAAGAGGACGGUUCAGGACAGUCUUGCUCAUGCGUGUCAGGUGAAGGUGGCCUCUCAUAUGAUGCAUUAUCCUGAGCUGCACAGUUUCCGACCAGCCCCGUAUCACAGCUAUUACCCCGGGGUACAGGAGAGCUCGACAGCGUAUGCCCAGUGCCCUCCAGGUUUCCACUACAGUCCUGCUACAGCAACUCUACCUGUGGAAGCUCUGUAUCAGUACAGCACCCUACAGAAUUUACCCGUCCAUCCUAGUAACCCUUCCAUGAUGACACCGUACCAGCCUUACCACUCCCAGUACUACAACACACAGUGA